CUAGAGAUUUUUUUUUGUCUGUGAGUCGGGAGUGCCGCUGUAAUGUUAAUCUGCUGGGAUUUUCUUCUUUUUUUGCCCCUUAUCACCCUCUUUUCUGCACCUGACAAGGGUCUUUCAAAGACAAACUUAUGGGACAGUGGCCAAGGAGAGUGGAGGAAAUCUCCGAGAAUAACUAAUACAAAAGAAAGACACAUGUUCAGCAAGUUGAGAAGUGGAAGACGUGUCCAGGAGGACGUUGAGGGGACUGUUUGAAGGAGACUGAGCAAUGUGUAAAAUGAGAUUGGAAGAAAGGGGGAGGGGUAGAGGCGUCAAUGGUUUUAACUGUGUCCAAGAUUAUAGGUUUUUUUUUUUUAAAGGGACGUCCAGUGGAGCCUUUUGUGUGUUGAUAUGAUCUGCAGGAAGUGAAGGAGCAUGAGAGAGUUGUUCUGUCAACCUCUGCGCUUGCUGCUGCUCUCAAGGAGAUUUGAGCAGGGCUAUCUGUUUCCAUCUAUUCUGCUGUGCUCCCAACAGGGCAGAUCAUUCACCAUGAAGGACACGGCGAUUAAAAGAUGUCUGCAGAUGGGUUUGGGACGGGAGUCAGCGAUGCUCAGCAAACCUUGCAGUCCUUCUGGCCACGUGUCAUGGAGGAGAUCAGGAACUUGACUUUGAAGGACUUUCGUGUGCAGGAGCUGCCUUUGGCUCGAAUCAAGAAAAUCAUGAAGUUGGAUGAAGACGUCAAGAUGAUCAGCGCCGAGGCUCCUGUACUGUUUGCCAAAGCUGCUCAGAUCUUCAUCACAGAGCUCACCCUCCGAGCGUGGAUCCACACGGAGGACAACAAGAGGCGUACUCUACAGAGGAACGAUAUUGCCAUGGCAAUAACAAAGUUCGACCAGUUUGAUUUCCUGAUUGACAUUGUGCCCCGGGACGACCUAAAACCCCCCAAACGACAGGAGGAGAUGCGUCAGUCCGUAGCCCCCGCAGAGCCGGUGCAGUACUACUUCACUUUGGCCCAACAGCCUGGGACCGUGCAGGUUCAAGGCGCACAGCAGGGCCAGCAGCCCGGUGCACAGACGCCCACCACCAUCCAGCCCGGACAGAUCAUCAUCACACAGCCGCAGCAGGGACAGAUGUUGCAGGGUGCCACCAUGCAGCAGUUACAGCAGGUGCAGGUUCAAUCACAAGGCACCCCCAUCACGAGCGCACCAGUCGCCAUGCAGGUGGGUGAGGGCCAGCAGGUGCAGAUCGUCCAGGCUGCUGCGGCUCAGGGUCAAACCCAGUCUGCCCAGGCUCAAGGCCAGACCAUGCAGGUCAUGCAGCAGAUCAUCACCAACACGGGGGAGAUUCAGCAGAUCCCGGUGCAACUAAAUACAGGCCAGCUGCAAUACAUCCGUCUGGCCCAGCCUGUGUCUGGAGCGCAAGUGGUGCAGGGACAGAUUCAGACUCUUGCAAACACCCAGCAGAUUACACAGACUGAGGUGCAGCAAGGACAGCAGCAGUUCAGCCAGUUUACUGAUGGACAGCAAUUGUACCAGAUCCAGCAAGUGACGAUGCCAGCAGGACAGGAGCUGACUCAACCUAUGUUUAUUCAGUCCACCAGCCAGACAGCUGACGCGCAGGUCACGCAGGUCAGCACCGAGUAAACAAGAUCCCACCUCUUCCUCACAUCGACCACGUCCACACCAGCCCUUGUGAAGCCAGCGCUCGUCACCAAGAAGGGAUGCUCUCGUGUGUGUGUGUGUGUGUUUUUAAAGACCUGCUAAUUGCAAUGAGAGGCCUGUAAUUUUCUAAAAAAAAAAAAAAAAAAAGCAUAAAAAAAGUGUACACAGACUUCAAAAACCAAAGGGACCCUGUUUGACUCUUUCAAAAUAAAGGUCUUAUUACAUCCAUGCUUGAAUAUUGUACACUUUGGAACACUUUUGACACAUCACAUGAAGGAAGUACGCCUCAGAGUCCCAGACAGUCAGUUCAUCCUUACAAAAAUUACUGAUUAGUGGAAACUACAGCUGCAUUUCUGACCCUUUCCUUUGUGGGGUUAAACAGGGCAACUGUCUGUGUUUAUUUUACCAUCCUAUUUAUGAGAUUGUUGCUUUUUUUCCCCUCUCGAACAAAUUGUUCUUUUCUUUUUUCAUCACGUAGUAAAUGUUGAAAUGAAGCCAUACACCUUAGAUAUUUCUUUUUUGGAACUCCGUCUUAGAGAUCUUGACAGGAGGUUAGAGGGUUUGAUCAUUUCAUUUUGGUUCCUUUUUUCUUUUAAAGGGCUUCAAAGUGUGUCGGUAAAACUAGUGUGUGUUGGUGUGUGUAUGUGUGUGCUUAAAGCACUUGCUCCUCCUGUUACACCUCCAUCCUGACUGUCUCAAUCAGGCUGUGGAGCAGAGAGCCUCCAUUCUGUGUUUUUACACAGCUGUCUCAGUCUUAACUACAAAUCCAUUUCUUUAAGAUGUAGAAAAAUGUUUUCCUUUUUUACUGCCACCUUCUGGUCGAAAAUGGUCCGAUCAUAUUUUUAUUUUUUUGACUGUGAUGGUUAUAUAUUUUUUUUUGCAUGUAGCUGAUAUUGCCAGCUUGGCAUGCAAUAGAGUGGUACAAUUUUGUUUUAAUGUUUUCUUUUUGUAAAAUGAUUCUGUUUGUGAAAUUAAUUAAACCACAAAAAUUGUUUAAAAAA